GCCGCGGUGCAUGCGGGGAGCGCCGCCGUGUCCCGGGCAACGCCGGGCCCGAGCGCCGAGCGGGCCGCGGCCGCGGGCGAGCCGAGAGCGGGUCCUGCCCGUGCCCUGAGCCGCCCCCGCUGCGGCGCUCAUCGCCGGGUGGGGACCGCGGUGGGGACCGCUUCCUCCCGGCUGGAGGAAGCCGCGGCGGGAGCGGCUCGGCCGCGGGGCACCGCGCACGGCGGGGAAGCGACGGGGAACAUCCUCCUCAUCCUCCUCAUCCUCCUCAUCCUCCCGCUGCUGAGAAGCCGUGCGCUUCGUCCUGGCUGAGGCUUGCUUGCUGAAGGAAAAAUGAUGCAAAACGUGCAUCCGGCUCCUGAGAAUAAUGAAGAUGAUCUCUAUUCUGGCUACAAUGAUUAUAAUCCCAUGUUUGACACAGAGGAUUUAGAAAAUGAUGUAGCUUUUCAACAGGCAGCAAGAACAAGUCAUGGAAGAAGACCCCCUGUGACAGCCAAAAUUCCUGGUACAUCAAGUCCAAGACCUCUAGCUACUGGAUUUGGGUCAAAGGCAACUUUAACUUCAUCUAUGGGAAGACCCAUGACAGGAACUAUACAGGAUGGGAUUUCUCGACCGAUGACAGCAGUGCAAGCUGCAGGUUACACUAAAGCAGCUGUGAGAGGUUCUUCAUUUGAUCCUCUUGGCCAAGCAGGACCAAGAGGUCCUGCUUCACCUCUGGAAAAGAAAACUUCAGACAGUUUAGAAGAGAAGAUGAGGCAGUUGGAAAAAAAAGUGAAUGAACUGGUUGAAGAAAGCUGUGUUGCCAAUAGCUGUGGAGAUUUGAAAUUGGCUCUGGAGAAAGCAAAAGAAGCUGGAAGACAGGAAAGAGAAUUGUUGAGACAACGAGAACAAAUCGCUCCUCCAGAAAGUAUCAACUUAGACCUCACUUACACUGUUCUACUCAAUCUGGCCAGUCAGUAUGUUGCUAAUGAAAUGUAUGCUGAAGCUCUGACUACUUACCAAGUUAUAGUGAAGAAUAAGAUGUUCAGCAAUGGAGGUAUACUGAAGGUAAAUAUGGGAAAUAUUUAUUUGAAACAACGGAACUAUUCCAAAGCUAUCAAAUUCUACCGUAUGGCUCUAGACCAGAUUACUAGUUCCCACAAACAGAUGAGGAUAAAAAUAAUGGAAAAUAUUGGAGUUGCGUUUAUUAAAACUGGCCAGUAUGUUGAUGCCAUUUCUUCAUUUGAAGAAAUAAUGAGCAUAUCCCCAAACCUGAAGGCAGGCUUCAACCUGAUCCUGUGUUACUUUGCUAUUGGAAAUGGUGAGCAAAUGAAGAAAGCCUUCAAAAACCUCAUUGAAGUUCCCUUGGAAGUGGAUUAUGAAGACAAAUACAUUUCAUUAAAUGAUGAUCUACAUACGAAUCUACUGAUUGAAGCCAUUAAAAAUGACAGUUUAAGUCAAAUAGAACGUGAGAGGAAGUCCUUGGCAGAGGAAUACAUCAUGACAGCUGCUAAACUCAUUGCACCAGCAAUCGAGACAUCUUUUGCAGUAGGCUAUGACUGGUGUGUUGAUGUGGUGAAAGCUUCCCACUAUGUGGAAUUAGCCAAUGAUCUGGAAAUAAAUAAAGCCACUACUUACUUGAGGCAACAGAAUUUUAACCAGGCACUGGAGACUUUGAAAAUGUUUGAAAAAAAGGAUAGCAGAGUAAAGAGUGCUGCUGCAACAAACCUUUCGUUCCUUUAUUAUUUGGGGAAUGAAUUGGAACAAGCAACUAACUAUGCAGAUUUAGCAGUAAAUUCUGAUAGGUACAAUCCAGCAGCUCUAACUAACAAAGGAAAUACUGUUUUUGCAAAUGGAGACUGUGAAAAAGCAGCUGAAUUUUAUAAGGAAGCUCUCAGGAAUGAUUCCUUAUGCACUGAAGCACUUUAUAAUCUUGGUUUAGCUUACAAGAAGUUAAACAGGAUAGAUGAAGCUUUGGAUUGUUUUCUGAAACUCCAUGCAAUCCUUCCAAAUAGUGCCCAAGUCCUUUACCAGCUAGCAAGCAUAUACCAGAUCAUGGAAGAUCCCAAUCAAGCCAUAGAGUGGCUGCUGCAGUUGAUCAGUGUAGUACCAACUGAUCCACAUGUACUUUCGAAGCUAGGGAAUUUGUAUGAUACUGAAGGUGAUAAAUCCCAGGCUUUUCAUUAUUACUGUGAGUCAUACCGGUAUUUCCCUUCCAACAUUGAGGUCAUUGAAUGGCUCGGAGCGUAUUACAUUGACACCCAGUUCUGUGAAAAAGCCAUUGAGUACUUUGAAAGGGCAGCACUCAUCCUGCCAACACAAGUGAAGUGGCAGCUGAUGGUUGCCAGUUGCUACAGAAGAAGUGGCAACUACCAGAAAGCUCUGGAGAAAUACAAAGUCAUUCACAGAAAAUUCCCAGAGAAUGUUGAAUGCCUCAGAUUUUUAGUUCGUCUCUGCACAGACAUGGGGCUGAAAGAAGUCCAGGAAUAUAUAACAAAGCUCAAGAAAGCAGAAAAAUUAAAAGAAAUCAGAGAGCAGCGCAUGAAAUCUGGCAGAGAGGGCAGUGCACGUGGCCGCAAAGAGGGAAGUGGUGAUAGUGGUGGUACCAAAGGGGAAAGACUGAGUGCCAAACUAAAAGUUCUGCCUGGAACAACUGAACCCUAUGAAAGUAGCAGCAGUAAAGAAAUAGAUGCCUCCUACGCAGAUCCACUUGGCCCACAACCAGAAAGACCAAAAACAGCAGCAAGAAAAAGAAUGGAAGAAGAUGAUUUUGCUGAUGAAGAACUAGGAGAGGAUCUGCUUCCAGAAUAGCAUAUGGGCCACUCAUCAUUUUUUUAAUCCGUGUAAAAGUUUUAGCUGAAAAACUUUUCAUUCAUAAUGAUUUUGUAGUGGAUUUUUAUAAAAUAUUUGUGAAAUACUUUGAACAUGUGGUACCUUAUGUUAAAACCUUGGAUUUGCAAUUGCAGUGUUUUCUGUGAUUGAUUAAAAAAUAAUGGUGA